AUGCAAUACGUGCGAGGUCUCAGCGAGUCUGUGUCGACAGCAUGGAAUUCAAUCAACCCCGCGACCCUUAGUGGUGCUAUUGAUGUCAUUGUCGUCGAGCACGAAGAUGGCUCUUUAGUCUGCUCUCCGUUCCACGUACGAUUCGGAAAGUUUUCGCUCCUGCGACCUUCGGACAAAAAGGUCGAAUUCAAGGUCAAUGGCGUUAAGCAGAGCUAUUCCAUGAAGCUCGGUGAGGGCGGCGAGGCCUUCUUCGUUUUCGAGACCACAGACAGGAUUCCACAGUCACUACAGACAUCACCUCUUGUUUCGCCCGCUUCUAGCCCUGCGAGCAGUCCACCACUCAAUGCCGAGCAGUCUGUUGCCGGUUUGCAAGAGCCCGAAGCAUUCGAGCUGGACGCUUCCGAGGCGAGGCCUCAGCGACCGCCCCCUUCGGUUCUAUAUGAGAAAGGGAAUGACAAUGGCUUGAUCACACCCCUUUCAACCUCACCCGAACUACCCAGCGCUCGUCCCGUGUCUGGCGACUGGUCUUCAACAAAAAUACCCCGACCACACAGCGAGGACAUCCUCCGACCGAGCGCCCGAAGCCAAGGCCUGGAUGGCAAUAGCUCUGCCGACGACGAGGAACAUGUUGCUUCUGAGAGGUCUUCUAGUCCUCCACCUCUAUCUACCGGAGAAGCGCUUCAGCGUGCCAGAGCUUUGUCUAAGGGACUGUCUGCUGCAAGCAUCCCCACCAAGGUUACCGACACUGGUGAUCUGAUGUUGGAUAUGACCGGUUUCAAGGGCAAUGAAGAGGAUAUACUUCGCGCUGAGAUUCUGGCUCGACAGAUUCUUUCAGAAGAGUUGGAUGGAAAUUAUGACAUCGGCGCGCUCUUCGGAUUCGACGAGCAAGGAAACCUGUGGAUUUACAGCAGCGAGGAGGCGAAACAGGCUGCCAUGAACAAGACCAUCGAGGCUUCUUUGCAGUCGCAUCGUCGCUCCACUGCCGCCGAUGCUAUUUCGGACCCUGGAUAUCAAAGUGACAGCAGUGAUGCGACCGCUUCGCCCAUUCCCCUUCAUCGACGUACCGAGUCCGAUGCUGGUCCGAUGGACUUGCAAACUCCUCCUCGCACACCACCAGGAUCUUCAGGCCACGCAGGCGAUCCUAACAGAAACUAUGCGAAAACCUUGCGGCUGACUAGUCAGCAGCUCAAGGAUCUGAAGCUGAAGCCUGGCGCGAACUCGAUGGCCUUCACUGUAAACAGGGCUACCUGCAAAGCCAACAUGUAUCUUUGGAGGCAUGAGACACCCGUCGUCAUUUCCGAUAUCGAUGGCACUAUUACCAAGUCAGAUGCUCUUGGCCAUGUCCUGAACAUGAUCGGCCGUGACUGGACACACUCCGGUGUUGCCAAGCUUUACAGCGACAUUUCCGCCAACGGUUAUAACAUCAUGUAUCUUACUAGUCGAUCCGUCGGACAGUCUGAUACAACAAGAGCCUACCUGGCUGGUAUUGUGCAAGAUGGCUACAGAAUGCCUCCAGGCCCAACUAUUCUUUCGCCAGACCGAACGAUGGCUGCUCUGAGACGAGAAGUUUAUCUUCGGAAGCCACAUAUUUUCAAGAUGGCUACUCUCAGAGAUAUCAGAAAUCUUUACGGCCCAGACCGUACCCCAUUCUACGCUGGUUAUGGAAACCGAUUGACGGAUCAAAUUUCUUACCGAACCGUUGACGUGCCCAGAAACCGCAUCUUCACCAUCAACUCCAAUUCCGAAGUGUCUUUGGAUCUCUUGACUCUCAACAAGCUCAAGAUGAGCUACGUGAAUAUCAACGAGGUCGUUGAUCACUACUUCCCUCCUGUAAGCACGCUGGUAAAAGGUGGCGGCGAGGAGUAUACGGAUUUCACGUACUGGAGAGAUGACCCUCUCGCCAUGGCCGACUUCUCGGCGAGCGAGAGUGAUGAUGAGGACGACGACAACGGUCCUGAAGGACCCACCAGCGAAUAUGGUGACGACGAAGAGGAGUAUGACGAUGAAGAAGAUGCCGAAAUGGACGAGGACGUGGAUGAGAUUGGCGAAGGUCUUGCUGACAGCUAUAUCUCCCGUGCAUCUAUGGACGAAUUCGCCGAAGCAUCAAGUGUAUUGGGUGGCAGCAUCGAUGAGGAGAAACUGAAAGCGUCUAUGGCACGCGAUCUGCAGGAAGCUUACGAUGAGGAUGACGAAGACGAAAUCUACGAAGAUGGCGAAGAAGGCCAUGUGGAUGGUGAGGGUGCCUCCAAUCCUACCCCUCUUGGAAACAAGAAGGCGGCCGAUCUAAAGGAGGACAUCCUCGCCCAGCACAUCACAGGGGCCACCGAGGCUGUUGCCGUUGCCCCCGAAAAACAGUAA